GUGAGUCGCCGUGGCCGCCCGCGCCGCACCCACUUCCUCCUUCCCUUCCGCGCGCCAGCCAACCGCUCGCCAAAAAUUCCUGUCACUUCUGACAGGAAGCGGGGAGGCCGCGCCGGGGCGACCAGUCGCGCAUCUCCGCCGCGCCCGGGACCUGGUCCGCUGCAGGGUCCCGCCUGCGCCUGGGCCCCAGCCCCGCCCGGUCCUCCAGCCCCGGCUCGGCCCAGUCCUCUGUCCCCGCCUCGGCUGCGGUCCGCCCGGUCUUCCCUCCCCGUCCCCGCCGCUUGGCCCUCCGUCCCCACCCGGCCCAGUCUUCGGUCCCUCCGUCGCCCUAUCUUCGUCCACCGCGCAGCCAGGUCCUCCGUCGCGGUGGCGGCCCGGUCCUCCGUCGCAAGCCCGCCAUGGAGGUGGAGGAGGCGUUCCAGGCGGUGGGCGAGAUGGGCCUCUACCAGAUGUACUUGUGCUUCCUGCUGGCGGUGCUGCUGCAGCUUUAUGUGGCCACAGAAGCCAUCCUCAUUGCACUAAUUGGAGCUACACCAGCAUACUACUGGGACAUGGCAGAGCUCUUGUCCAACCAGAGCCACAGCAACCAGUCUGUGGGCAAAAGCCAGGCGUUUGUGGACUGGCUUCUGACCGCCAAUGGCAGUGAGAUCCAUAAGCACGUGCAUUUCAGCAACAGCUUCACCUCUAUCGCCUCUGAGUGGUUUUUAAUUGCCAACCGAUCUUACAAAGUCAGUGCGGCCAGCUCCUUUUUCUUCAGUGGUGUGUUUGUUGGCGUUAUCUCCUUUGGUCAGCUUUCAGAUCGCUUUGGAAGGAAAAAAGUCUAUCUCACAGGUUUUGCUCUUGACAUCUUAUUUGCUAUCGCAAAUGGAUUUUCCCCCUCAUAUGAAUUCUUUGCAGUAACUCGCUUCUUGGUGGGCAUGAUGAAUGGAGGGAUGUCCCUGGUGGCCUUUGUCUUGCUAAAUGAGUGCGUGGGCACCGCCUACUGGGCACUUGCAGGAUCGAUUGGCGGUCUCUUCUUUGCUGUUGGCAUCGCCCAGUAUGCCCUGUUAGGAUACUUCAUCCGCUCCUGGAGGACCCUAGCUGUUCUGGUCAACCUUCAGGGAACAGCAGUCUUUCUCUUAUCUUUAUUCAUUCCUGAAUCACCUCGUUGGUUAUACUCCCAGGGUCGGCUGAGUGAGGCGGAAGAGGCUUUGUACUUCAUUGCCAAGAGGAACCGCAAGCUCAAGUGCACAUUCUCACUAACACAUCCGGCCAACAGGAGCUACAGGGAAACUGGAAGCUUCCUGGACCUGUUCCGGUACCGGAUCCUCCUAGGACAUACUCUGAUCCUGAUGUUCAUCUGGUUUGUGUGCAGCUUGGUGUACUACGGCCUCACCCUGAGUGCGGGUGACCUAGGCGGGAGCAUUUAUGCCAACCUGGCUUUAUCUGGCCUCAUAGAGAUUCCAUCCUACCCUCUCUGCAUCUACUUGAUUAACCAAAGAUGGUUUGGUCGGAAGCGGACACUAGCAGCGUUUCUGUGCCUUGGAGGACUGGCCUGCCUUAUUGUGAUGUUUCUUCCAGAAAAAAAAGACACAGGUGUGUUUGCGGUGGUCAACAGCCAUUCCUUGUCCCUGCUGGGGAAGCUGACGAUCAGUGCUGCCUUUAACAUAGUUUACAUCUACACCUCUGAGCUGUACCCCACUGUCAUCAGAAACGUUGGCCUCGGAACCUGCUCCAUGUUCUCCCGAGUUGGUGGGAUCAUCGCUCCCUUCAUCCCCUCCCUGAAGGACGUGCAGUGGUCUCUGCCCUUCAUCGUGUUUGGAGCCACAGGCCUGACCUCAGGCCUCCUGAGCCUGCUAUUGCCAGAGACUCUGAACAGCCCUUUGCUGGAGACAUUUUCUGAUCUUCAGAUGUACCCAUACAGGAGGUUAGGGGAGGAAGCACUGUCUCUACAGACUUUGGAUCCUCCACAGCCCCUGGACAAGGCCAGCAGUGAGAGUGAGGAGGAGGAAGAGUUCUAUGAUGCAGAUGAGGAGACGCAGAUGAUCAAGUGAAGAGCCCACAUUCCUGCCCAGAAGCAAAGCCCCAUCAUCCUUAGUGCCUCGUUCAGCUUCAGCACCAGAGAUGUACUCAGCCCACCCUGAUGCUUUCCAGACAGGAGAGGCGGUGGAGGAGAGAUUCUAAAAGGGAGAACUUGCUGCAUUGAUUGCUGACUUGUUCGGGACUGAGGCCACACAGCUCAGAUCCACCUUGUAGGACUCGUGUCUCAUGCUGCUUCCCUUCCUUGGGACCUAAGAGCGGGUGUGUGAAACUGCUCGAACUUUUACUAGGGUUAGCUAGACCUUCCCCCAAGAUUUCAUCUUCCCUGUAAGCUUCACAUCAUCCCUGUCACUUGCUUCUCCCCACCAGGAAUCUUCUGGUGCAGGCUGCUGUGUACAGAGCUCCCAGCUUCCGCUCUACUCAUUGGCUGGUUCCCAGCUCAUUGGUUGCCGGUGCAGCUUGUGCCUUUGGUCUGAGGUCAUUCAGUAAUAAAUGGCAGAAUCAGUGGAGCAGUUAUCUAUUGUCAGGGGACUGACUGUGGCGUGGUAGCUCCCUUUGACACCCACAUUGUGCAAUUUUUUCCAGUUCCCAUGGGGAAGCAUUUGGGGGAUGUUUUUCUUUGUGAGAGUCUAGCAUCAGCAAUAACUUCAAAAUCAUGCCCAGUCAACAACGAAACUCUACAGACUGAGGGUGGCCAGCAAGUGAUGCACUAAGCACUUUUUAAAUGACUUAAGAGAAGAUUCUUUCUCACAGUGUCCUCAGUGUGCAACGAGGGACUUGCACAGCACAUUAGGGCUUGAUCUCUGCCCUGCAGCAGCCUCUACUUGUUAGUUAAAAGGCAUGGUGGGGUUUUUUGGGGGGUUUUUGUGUGUGUGUGUUUUUGGGUUGUUUUGUUUUGUUUUGUUUUGUUUUGUUUUGUUUUGUUUUUAAGAAAAUGGUGAGUUUUCAUUAAGUGCUUCCAUUGAUUUCCAAAUGAAUCAAAAUCACACUUAAUACCUGUUUCUCACAAAACUUGAACACUCUCAAAUAGGCAUAUAAGCAGGAGUUCACAUGUGGGCGGUUGACCACUUCCUGACCAGGGAAGCAGCCGUGUGUUUAGGAUUUCUGUGUCUGCUAGUCUCUUGGGAGUAGAAAGCACACAAAUGUGAAGUAAAGGUGCUCUGUAGAUGCCCCUAGAAAUUGUGCAAGCCUGCAUUCUUUGCCUCCAGAUAUGUUCCUAGUCUCGUCCAUGUUGUCUCAGCUUUUACUAUGCCCAUCUGUUCCUCUUUUAAAUCAUUUUCCUUUGUGCCCUUGGCCAUGGGGAAGCCAUUUCUACCACUGUGGAGAACACUGGCUGGGAUGCAGUGAAGACCCCAUAGGUGACCCUGCAGACGUCCAGCUGUCAGGAAAAUUACGGAACUCCCUGAAGCACCACAUCUGCCAAUUCCAGUGAAGAGUGUCCCACACUCCGCAGUACAAAGUCCUGCUGCUCUCCUCUCUGGGAAAUGGAGGUCAGCUCUCCUUAGGAGAGGAAGAAAAGGGCUUCCAGAAACUCUUGGUUCUUGUCAAAUAAAGUGUUUAAAAUAAAA